CCUGGUGGACAGAAUGAACCAUCAAAAACAAACAACUUGGAGAUGAUUACACGGGCUUAAACGAGUUCAAAUUUCGACUAGUUAUGUCAGCCGCAGCUGUGGAAAGGAACAACUCACAACCUCUUGGCAGGAGUACAAAAUCGUGAGGCAAGCAACUCAAACCCAGUGGAUCUCCGAAGUCCUCAUAGCGCUGCCAUGGAGCCUCUCAAGGUCGCAUUCCUCGGCCCUGUCGCGUCAUUUUCCCACCAGGCCGCAGUUGAAAGCUUUGGGUCUGCAGCUGAACUUCUACCCCACGUAUCGUUUCCGGACGCUUUUGCAGCAUUGCAAGGAGGCAAGGUCGAUUAUGCUAUCAUCCCUUGCGAGAACUCAACCAAUGGCUCGGUUGUUCAGACUCUAGAUCUCUUGGCAGACCCGAGCGGCCUCUACAGUAAUGUGAAGGUGUGCGGGGAACAUUAUCUGACAGUUCACCACUGCCUUCUCACUCGAAAGGGUCUCUUCCCACCUGGCCAGCGAGAUUACAGCUCCAUCACCAAAUUAUAUACCCACCCGCAGGCUUGGGGCCAGUGUGAUACUUUCCUUGAAAAAACUUUUAAAGGCGUCGAAAGACAAGAUGUCUCGUCAACCUCCAAGGGCGCUGAGAUCGUGUCCAAGGAGACGACAGAGCGAUGUGGAGCAAUAGCUAGUCGUUUUGCAGCCGAACAUCACGGUCUAGAUGUAUCAGAGGAAAAUAUCGAAGACAAGGCCAAUAACACCACCCGUUUCCUGGUGCUCAGAAAUGUGACUUCGGAACGUACAGGUCGGCUGGUCUUCCAAUACGCCAACGGUUCCCCAGCGCAGACACAAACUUCUACUACACCAACAGCGCAAAAGACUUUGAUCUCAUUUAUGAUUCGUCAGGAUUGCCCGGGUGCCUUGGCAGAUGCUCUCCUGAUUUUCAAGGAUCGUGGGAUGAAUCUGACCAGCAUUAAUUCGCGACCGAGUCAGAUAAAGCCGUGGAAGUACGUAUUCCUGGUCGAAGGCCAAUACGUUCCAGCAAGUGAAAAUGCGGAUGCGGUUUUCAAAAUCAUGGAUGGGCUACAACGUGUAACUGAGGGUUGCAGGCAUUUGGGAACAUGGGCGGAUCAGCUCGUAUAUGUCUAAGUGUCGGUACUGGUGAGGAAGUGCAAGGGGUUCACAAGUGCUUGUAGCCUGCAAUAAUGCAUAUAGACAUAUCAAAUCGAUACCCGAAUAAGAAAAUAGGUUAUAUGGAG